CAAAUAAGAGUAAUUGGUAAUCGGACUCUGUUUUCGACCCGAAAAAAAAUGGCAGACUCUAUUGUGUCGUUGGCUGUUGAAAGGAUUUCUGAUUUACUCAUCAAUGAAGCAUUUUUUCUGAAAGAUGUGAAACAACAAGUUCAGAGCCUCAAGGACGACCUAAAACGAAUGCAAUGCUUCUUGAAGGACGCAGACCGCAAGCCGGAACAAGACGAGCGUUUCCGCAAUCGGGUGUCGGAGAUCAGAGGUCUUGCUUACGAUGCUGAAGAUGUCAUCGACUCUUUUAUUCUUAAAGCAGCUCAUCAAGGAGUUGUCAAGAGAUUCGCCUCCAUUUUCACCAAGCCUUCUCAUCUACACAAAAUCGGAGUGCAGAUCCAAGGAAUCCAAACAAAGCUUAAAAACAUUUGCGAGACUCUUCCAGCCUUUGAGAUACAUGGUGAUGGAGCAGGAUCUAGCUCUGUUUCCAGUAUGCAGCAGCGGUUAAGAAGAACAUUCUCGCAUGUUGAGCAAGAGGAUGUCAUUAGCUUGGAGGUUAGCACCAAAGAUGUCCUGGCUCAGUUGAUGACAGAAGAAGACAGACUCCACGCCGUCGUCUCGAUUGUCGGCAUGGGGGGUAUUGGAAAGACUACUCUUGCUAGAAAAGUAUACAAACACGUUGAUGUGAAGCGCCAUUUUGAUUGCUUGGCUUGGGUUUCUAUAUCUCAACAAUAUAACCAAAGAGAAGUUUUGCUUCUUGUCUUGAUGAAAGCUUUAUCUCCUUCUAACAUGGAAAGAGAGAAAAUUGAGAAGGAGAAGAUGGAAGACCUGGUUAAAAGGCUUUUUGAUGCUCUGAAAGAAAAACGAUAUUUGAUAGUCUUCGAUGAUAUCUGGAGAUUCGAGGAUUGGGAUAUUCUUAAACCUGCUUUUCCAAGAGGAAAAAUUGGAAGCAAAAUCCUAUUCACAACACGUAACAAGGUUGUGGCUUUACAAGCGGAUACUUGCAACUCUCCAAUAGAGCUUCCAUUUCUUACUGAUGAUGAGAGUUGGGAGCUUUUUAUCACAAAAGCAUUCCCACGGAACAGUAACGAUACUCAUGCUUGCUCAAAAGAAUAUGAGAAGCUGGGAAGAGAGAUGGUGAAAAAAUGUGGUGGUCUACCUCUGGCAAUUGUUGUGUUGGGAGGCUUGCUAGCAACAAAACAAUCAUUGGCUCAGUGGGAGAUGGUUCGCAGAAACAUCCGUGGACACUUGAAAGGUUUCCAACCACAAGGCUCUCAAUAUGGUGCAGUGAAUGCAAUCCUGGCUUUAAGCUAUGAUGAUUUGCCUUAUCUUCUAAAACCAUGCUUUCUAUAUCUUGGUCAUUAUCCUGAAGAUUGGGAGAUAUCCAAGAAAGAACUCAUUCGAUUAUGGAUUGCUGAAGGCUUCAUUUCAUCAUCACCAGAAAGCAAGGAGAUGCUGAUGGAGGAUGUGGGAGAACAAUUCCUGGAAGAGCUUAUAAAUAGAAGCUUGGUUAAAGUUGUGAGGAGAGAUUAUACAGGGACAAAUGUGAAAACAGUUCGAAUACAUGAUCUCUUGAGGGAUUUUUGUAGUGAAAAAGCAAAAGAAGAGAAUUUCUUGGAAACUGUCCUGCCACCGUCGGCUGAAUAUGGUGUGACAUUAACGGAAUAUAUGGUACGAAGAAUUGCUAUUCAUCCAAACAAAUCGUAUGUUUAUUUGAAGGGAAAGCAUCCAAAACUGCGUUCAUUGUUUUUGUUUCAAAAUGAGGCAAUGAUAGAGCUGGACAUUUCAAAAUGCAAGAAUUUCAAACUUUUAAGGGUCUUGAAUCUUGUGAGAGUGGAUGUUUUUUAUUGGCAUGUGUCAAGUGAAAUUGGUAAUCUCCAUCAGUUGAGGUAUUUGAAGCUAUAUGGUAAAGAAAUAUUCUUGCCCCGGGCUAUAGGAAGGUUGAAAAGCUUACACAGUUUAUACCUCCAAUGUCGAUCUUGCAGUAUAAAACCUAAUGUUGUAUCCAAGUUGGAACGUUUGAGGCAUAUUGUGUUGCGUAAUCGGUUCGGGGGAGGCAUUAAGCCAUGUUUACGCCUAAGGUUUUUUCCGAAACAUAUUGAAACUCUAAAAUGCAUAGUUGUGGAUGAGAAGUUGAUUGAAUUCAGCAAAGCAGUGGUAGGAUUGAGCAAUCUUCAGAGUUUAGGAAUGUCAUUUAAGAGAGCAGAAGAUGUGAAGCCUAUCCUAAUGUCUCUGAUGGAACUGCAACGCCUUGUGUCAUUGUACAUGGAGUUUAAGAGGGGCUCAACCCCAUCGUAUCCAGACUUGGAACCUCUUUCUCAGUUUCACCACCUUUCCAAACUAAUGUUAAAAGGGGAGAUGAAAGAAGAUCCGCAUCGAGAUCAUCAUGUUUUGAAUUUUCUUCCGCCGAACAUUGUCAAGUUAACUUUGUGGGGUUGUGGGAUGAAACAGGAUCCAAUGGGUGUAUUGGAAAAGCUAUCCUGUUUGAGGAUUCUUAAGUUGCAGGAUAAUGCAUAUGUGGGGAGUAAAAUGAUUUGCUCCGCCAAUGGAUUUCCUCAACUCGAUUCUCUUGACAUAAAUCAUCUGUACCAGUUGGAGGAGUGGGAGAUAGAAGAAGGCGCAAUGCUACAACUCCGGAGUAUCAGCUUGGAGGAGAUUUCAGACUUAAAGAUGAUUCCAGAGGGGUUGAAGUGUAUUGCUACUCUCCAAGAGCUGAAAUUAACAGAAAUGAAGAGUUCAUUGGAAGAGAGGAUUAAAAUGAUAGAUGGAAGGGAAGGAGAAGAUUUCUAUAAAGUGCGCCACAUUCCCCACAUCCAAAUAAUUCAGAGGUCAAUCUUAUCUGGUCACUGAGAUGUACUUCCUCGAGAUUUUCUGCUGCUUAGUUUCUUCCAUCAACUAAAUGAAAAUGCCUCCUAAUAAGGGUGAUCCAUUCAGUUUCAUUAAAGUGUCUUUCUUUCGU